AGCUCAUCCUCGAGGGCGGAGAGAGGUGGCAUUUGAGUCCUCCGGUAUCCCAGCAGGCAGUGCAGCCUAGAGACGCUGACAAAGGACCGGAGGAGCAGUGGCAGCUGCUUUCCGAGGAGCCGGUGUUGCCGAGGUGUGAGGAGGAGGAGUGGUCCCUGAUGGAGGAAACCGUUAUUAAUUGCCAAAAUGCUUUGGAGUUUUUAACUAACUGACUUAAGAAAAGUCCCAACUAGAUUUGAGACUAUAAAAACCGAAGCUGCAGCAAGGGCGAUUCAGUGCCAAUGCAUCAACAAAAAAGACAGCCAGAGUUAGUGGAAGGAAAUCUUCCUGUUUUUGUGUUUCCCACGGAGCUAAUAUUUUAUGCAGAUGACCAGUCAACACAUAAGCAGGUGUUGACUCUGUAUAAUCCCUAUGAGUUUGCCUUAAAGUUCAAAGUUUUGUGUACUACUCCAAAUAAGUAUGUUGUCGCUGAUUCUGCAGGUGCAGUAAAGCCUCAGUGUUGUGUGGAUAUUGUGAUCCGUCAUAGAGAUGUUCAAUCCUGUCACUAUGGUGUAAAAGACAAGUUCCGCCUCCAAGUUUCCGAGCAAAGCCAGAGGAAGGCUUUAGGAAGGAAAGAGGUGGUGGCUAUUCUUCUCCCAUCUGCAAAAGAACAAAAGGAAGAAGAGGAAAAAAGGAUAAAGGAACAUUUAACCGAAAGUUUAUUUUUUGAGCAGUCCUUUCAACCAGAGAACAGAGUGGUCUCCUCUGGCCCGAGCCUGCUGACCAUCUUCCUGGGAGCGGUGUGCAUCGGUGCCCUGAUGCUUCCCACGCUGGGCGAUGUGGAGUCACUGGUGCCUGUCUGCUUACACUUGAGUGUGAAUCAAAAAUUAGUGGCUGCUUAUAUCUUAGGUCUUAUCACAAUGGCUAUACUUAGAACAUGAGCAAGGAAUUCAGUUGACUUCUGAAGUAAACUUAUCUUGCAAAUAUGAAUGUGGACUGCCUUUUAUCUCUCUCUCACUCCAUUAACAUGCGACAAACUAUUGAGUGAUUUACAGUAAUUGAAAAACUAUAAUAUAUAUUUUAAAUUACUCUCUAAUUUUAUUGGAAGGACUCCAGCUCAUUAUGUCACAGACAGCAAGGAUGCUUUUGAGCGACCCCUAGGAAAUUAUUUGAAGAAACUUUUUAUAUCUAAAGCUAUUGUGCAAAAGACUUUAAUUAAAACAUCUGCUAUUUUGUCAUCUUUUUUUUUCCUAAUUCACUUUGAUUCCUAAGGUCCUUCAAAGUGAAAGGCCUGAAAGAGCAAACUGAGAGCAAACUAACCAGCCUGAACAUUAAAUGACAUUUAUUUCCUAACUACAAACAGCAAUGUUACUAUGUAAAUUAUACCUUGUCCUCUGUCAUUAUAAACAGUUGCCAUGGUGUUUUUAAAAUAAGUUUUACAGUUACUGUGUGGAGGGUUAAAAAAAAAAAAAAAGAAAGGAAAAAGCAUCUAGGGUUUUCUUUAACCCUCACAGAAGUAGCAUGGCUUCUCUGUUUGGUCUAAGAAUUUGAAAGGAAGCUAGGCAUUUGUUUAGUUACUUGGUUUGCCCUGGCUUUACCUCUGGAUCGGGCUUUAUGUUACUAGGAGGAGAAAAAUCACUUGAUCAUUUCUUCCUUUUUUUUUUUUUUAAGAUUUUAUUUAUUUAUUUGACAGAGAGAUCCCAAGUAGGCAGAGAGAGAGGAGAAAGCAGGCUCCCCACUGAGCAGAGAGCUGGAUGCGGGGCUUGAUCCUAGGACCCUGGGAUCAUGACCUGAGCCGAAGGCAGAGGCUUUAACCCACUGAGCCACCCAGGCGCCCCUGAUUGGUUCUUGCUAACCCUUUGCCUGACUGUCAGCAACUGGCCCAGCCUGGGAUUACCAGAUGCCAGAUGUUGUGUUUUUCACCUUUAAACUCUAAGCCAGGUAUAGAAAAUCCUUGAUACGUGUCUAUUUUAUAUCAGUCACUGAGACAUUUUUUAAGUUUUUAUUUAUUGAAACAACUUUACCAAAAAAAAAAAAGUCCCCAAAGCACAACUAUUUACAUUUCUUUAUGGCCUCUUUGAUCUUUACCGUAUAUACGCAGUUCUAACUGUUAUUGUCACAAGAACUGAUCUUUUGACUUGGGAUUUUUAUCUGAGAGCACAACGCAUUGAGUCUCUUGAAAAUCAUCUUUCAGGUGUUUUUAUAGAACGAACUUAGGCACUGCUACUGUUGUCUUCUCAAGGAAUAUACCUAAACACAAAACGUAUGCUUGAGGUGGGUUUCUGCAGGAAAUAGCACUUUGCUUCUAAAGUGAGAGCUUUUACGUAUACUCUUUCAUAGAAAAUCCUCAUUGUUUAACAAUUUGAGAAAGAUAAAUCAUUAUUAAAUGGAUUAUGUCUGUACAUUGUAUAAUGACUUAAAAGCACAGAAAUGUAAUCUAUUUUAAACUUUGUAAAAAAAAAAUUACAUUUGGAGGCUAUCCUUGUUUCUCUGUCCCCUUCAAGUCCUCUGUGCAUGUGCACACGUGUGUGUGCACAGGUGUGUAUGCGUGUGAGUGCGUGUGUGUGUGAGGCAACACAUUGUAAAGGACAGAAAUUACUUUUAAUAAAUAAAUGAAAAUGGAGGCCUGAGUUUCA